AUAAACUCAUUUUAAAAAUGACGUUAGUCCCAUGACUCAAACGACAACAUUUGAAUAGUUUAGUAAUUUAAGUUGUAAUUUUUUGAAAUUAAGGAGCAAAGUGUAAAUUAAUUAACUAGAACUUUUCUUUUACGAAAUAAGGGCAUUGGGUAAUUUGAGGCAACUAAGCUAUAGCCCGUAGUGUUUCUAGUCAUAAACCCUAGGACGAGGAUACAGAGCAACAAGGUGACUGAUGGCGUGCAAUUCGUCAACCUGCAAUUCUUCCGGUUGCUAUAAAGGGUACGAGGAGGAAGAACAGCCUAAACCAAAUACAAAAGCAGCGGUAAAUGGGGGCAACAGUUGCCAAAACCUCUGCGUGAAGUGCAAGGUCAACGAACCCGUGUGCUGCGGUAUCGGUGGGGAAAAUUCCAGAUUUUGUAAGGAUUGCUUUAAAAACAAUCUCUAUGGAAAGUUCAAGCAAGCUGUUACUUAUAACGCCAUGAUUACUCCUCCUGAUAAAGUUCUCGUUGCUUUCUCUGGUGGAACUUCCUCCAGGGUAGUUUUACAAUUUGUGCAUGAGAUGCAAUAUAAAGCGCAGAAGAAUUAUGAUGCUAAUAAAGACAAGUCAUUACCGGUUUUUGGUGUCGGAGUCGCGUUUAUUGAUGAAAGUUCCACUCAUUCAUUUACUUCUCUACACAUUGAGAAGGCAAUUGAGGAUAUAAGAUUAAUUGUGUCAAAUCUAGCCCCACCGUCGAAAGAGUUGUUUGUUGUUCCAAUUGAGAGUAUUUUCUCUUCAGAUGGCAUUGAUGGUAAGGAGAGAUUGAAGGAGUUAUUAGAUGCUGUUAGUGAUGUUACUGGGAAAGAAGAUCUUCUAAUUCGUUUACGGAUCUUGUUGUUGCAAAAGAUUGCUUCUGAAAAUGGGUACACUAGAAUCGUGCUAGGAACAUGUACGUCAAGGAUUGCUUGCCACGUCAUUUCUGCCACAGUGAAGGGUCAGGGUUAUUCUUUAUCAGCUGACAUACAGUAUGUUGAUUCGAGAUGGGAGAUUCCUGUUGUGCUUCCACUUCGUGAUUGUCCUGCACAAGAGCUCAACACCCUUUGCAGCCUUGAUGGCAGUUUGAAGAUAGUGGAGUUGCUUAAUGGUCCAUGCUCUGGCAUCAAUGGCCUGGUAUCAUCAUUUGUUAAAGUGCUGCAGGAAGAAAAUCCUUCUCGAGAGUGCACAAUAGUAAGAACAGCUGGGAAGCUCACUCCAUUUCACUUCAACAGGGUUCCGGAAAUCCAUGACUCUAAUGUUCCUUCGGCAACUCGUAGACAUCAAAAGAGAUAUACUCUCAAGCCGAAUGGAUCUCUCUCAUCAGACUCAUUUUGUCCUAUUUGCAGCAGUCCACUCAAAAAAUCAAACUUUCCAUCAAGUUUGAGAAGUCAUGGAAAUCAACAAAAUCCAGAUCUUAUUGCUUCUGCUUGUUCAAGUUGCCAGUUUCAGAUACUUCCUAAAGACCCCUCAUUGAUGGAGGAAUUUCUCUCUGUCCUACCGCAACAAAUGAUUACCAAAGCAAAGCAUGGUGAUCAAGGGGAUUUCAGUUUGCUAAGGGAGCAAAUACAAGAAUUUUUGCUUUCAGAUGGCGAAAAUGAAAUUUAAAUGAAGCCUGCCUGUUCGCUGAGUUGUAACCAUCUUUUUUCAAUGGUUCUGCAUAACUGGUUUUUGGGUUACUCCUGCAAUAUGCAUGGGUAGGUAGUACCAAGGGGAUUUAGCGAUUGUUAGCAAAAACCAUCUUUUUCCGGUGGUUCUUCAGUACGGGGUUUUGGGAUACUGCUGCAAUGUGCAUGCGUAAGUAGUCCCAAGGGGAUUUAGCGAUUGCUGGCAAAAACCACCGAGGAAGAUUACUAGCUAGUUGCUGCUAUAAGGUUAUUGGCUAACAUGUUUCAAGGACUGCUGGGUCUACGUAAUUGUUUGAUGAGGUAAGAAGCAUAAUUGGCAUUGUUAUGCGUUGUUUCUUGUUGGUAGAUGGGGAAGUUAUUUGCGCUUUUUCAUGUUGCCGAUCUAACCAUAACCUACAUCAAAGUUUAUUUGAAUUAAUUACAAAUAGUUCUUGCAACA